AUGCUUUCCUCUGGCGCUCAUCUGGCCGGGAUAAAGGACGCCGCCGUUGACAUCCCCGCCGCGCGGUCACAGGUCGAAUUAUUCAAGUACACGAUAGGCAACAGUAGCACGACACACCUUCGCUCGGUAACUCACCCUUUAAUCCGUACGCCAAACGAUAUAUACGCCGUUAACGAGCACGAGAUCUAUGUGACAAACGACCACUACUACCGCGGCGGCUUAAUGCGUCAGAUUGAGGAAUUUGGCGGCCACGAGUUUGCCGGGUGGUCUGAUGUCGUGUACGUGCAUUGGGCAUCUUUAGAUGCUUCGAGCGGGACAGAAGGCGUGGACGCGAAGGUCGCGCUGAGGGAGACCCACAAUCCGAAUGGGCUAGGACAUGGGCCCAAUGGCGAAGUGGUCCUAGGGAGAGCGGUGGCAGGGAUGAUGGCGAUUUUGCGGCCGAGGGAUGAUAAGACGCUAGAGAUCACGGAGCAGGUGAGAUUGAAGACGACGGUGGAUAAUCCAUUUUAUUUCGAAGAUCCGUAUGUACGGGAGAGUGGGGGGCGGAAUGCGAGUGGGUAUGUGUUGGCGUGCUUGACAAGGGCGAUGGGGUUUCCCAAGGAUGAGAGUCAGCCAGUCAGUGUAUGGUUGGUCCAGAGGACGGCGAAAGCGGAGGGUGGAGGAAGGGACGGGAUGCUAGAGGGGGAGGGGAGAGAUGAGAAAGGGAAGAAGGGGUGGGAACAUCAUUUGAUUUUUCAGGAUGAUGGACGUGUCAUCCAUACCGCUAGCACAGCAGUCCUCGUAGCCAUCGAUCCGCGGGAGAAUGAGGGUAGGAAGGAGGGGUGGUUGUUUGUUGCAGGGCCGUUGGCGGAGAAUGUUAUCAGGACCAAGAUUGAGCUGUGA